AUCAGACUACAUUAGACUGCGGAGAUUAGAUUAGUCUGUAGAUUAGAUUAGACUGUGGUGAUUAGAAGGGACUGGUGAUUAGAUUAGUCUGUAGAUUAGAUUAGACUGUGGUGAUUAGAUGAGUCUGUGGUGAAUAGAUUAGACUGGGGUGAUUAGAUGAGUCUGUGAGGAUUAGAUUAGACUGUGGUGAUUAGAUUAGACUGGGGUGAUUAGAUGAGUCUGUGGUGAUUAGAUUAGACUGGGGUGAUUAGAUUAGACUGUGGUGAUUAGAUGAGUCUGUGGUGAUUAGAUUAGACGGUGAUUAGAUGGAGUGAGCGGUGCUAAGCAGCUGUGUGUGAGUUGCAGACGGUUAGCAGUGAAGGAGGAAGUAAAGACUCUUAUUUUGAUGUUUCAGAUAUAAAACGUCGGUGAAGUCAUCACUCGCUGACUCAGCGCUGUGUAGCGUUGUGGCUAAUCUGUGUGCUAAUCUGGCCCGGCCGAUUCCCCCCAUCAUGCCCGCCCUGCUGGAGAGGCCCAAGCUGUCGAACGCCAUGGCACGCGCUCUACACAAACACAUCAUGAGGGAGAGAGAGAGGAAGAGACAGGAGGAGGAAGAGGUGGAUAAAAUGAUGGAGCAGAAGCUGAAGGAGGAGGAGGAGAGGAAGAGGAAGAAGGAGAUGGAGGAGAGGAUGUCUCUGGAGGAAACCAAAGAGCAGAUAAUGAAGAUGGGAGAGAAGCUCCAGGGUCUGCAGGAGGAGAAACACCAGCUGUUUCUUCAACUGAAAAAGGUUCUGCAUGAGGAGGAGAACCGGAGGAAAGAGCAGAGUGACAUGACGACACUGACUUCAGCUACAUAUCAGCCCAACAUGGCCGUCCACUCGGGACAGCAUCUGCUCAGCAUGCAGCCGGGGUCUGUCUCUCAUGCCCGGUCUGCAGUUCUCUUAGGAGAGCGCAACAAGCAGCUUUUCCAGCCUCCUGUCAUUUCUGGUCGUCCUUUUCCGUCUCAGCCUGGUUUCGGUGCUGUUGUUUCUGAGCAUGCUCAGUUUGGAGUUCAGGCAGGUCAUGGGUCAUUCGGAGUCACACAGCCCCAACACGCCACAGCCUUUAACCCCGGCCAAUCAGCACCUGCCACCUACAGCAGCCCCGCCCACAUCAGAGGUGCAUCAGCAUUCCAGGCCAUGCAGUACUUGCCUCAUCAGCAACCAGGCUACACCGUACACACUCACUUCACGUCCCAGCCAGGUUUUCUCCCGAGCGCUGGGAUCCCCUUACAGAAGCAGUUGGAACAUGCCAACCAGCAGUCAGGCUUCACCGACUCUAGUGCGUUGAGGCCCCAUGCACCCUCAGGCUCUCCAUCCCAGUGCUGCAGGUUGCUGCCCACUCCCUCCAUCGCUGUGCAGAUCCCUCACACUAAGGCCGGCUUGCCGUACGCUCCCCCCACCCAGACCAGCAUCACCCGGAUCCUUCCCACAGCACGCGGCUACGUUUCAGAGCUCGUCUCAGCCGCCACGCCACGCCUACCUCUCUCACAGCCAAUCAGGACAGAGGUUCUAUCACCAUGGCAAAUAAUCAGCCAGUCAGAUGCUGGAUGUAGAGGAUGGUGAUUUGGUCCAGGUUCAUUCACAUUGCUGCCCCCCCCCCCCCCCCCCCCACACACACACACACACACAGUAACUCUUUUAAUGCAAAGAAUGUGUACCUUUAUUAUAAGCUUUUAUUAUCAGCACAAUGACUGUCUUAGACAGUGAGGCAGUGAGGCAGUGGAGCAGUGAGGUGGCAGUGAGGCAGUGAGGUGGCAGUGAGGCAGUGAGGUGACAGUGAGGCAGUGAGGUGGCAGUGAGGCAGUGAGGUGGCAGUGAGGCAGUGAGGUGGCAGUGAGGCAGUGAGGUGACAGUGAGGCAGUGAGGUGGCAGUGAGGCAGUGAGGUGACAGUUAGAUGACAGUGAGGCAGUGAGGUGACAGUGAGGCAGUGAGGUGACAGUGAGGCAGUGAGGUGGCAGUGAGGCAGUGAGGUGACAGUGAGGCAGUGAGGUGGCAGUGAGGCAGUGAGGUGGCAGUGAGGCAGUGAGGUGGCAGUGAGGCAGUGAGGUGGCAGUGAGGCAGUGAGGAGGCAGUGAGGUGGCAGUGAGGCAGUGAGGUGGCAGUGAGGCAGUGAGGUGACAGUGAGGCAGUGAGGUGGCAGUGAGGCAGUGAGGUGGCAGUGAGGCAGUGAGGUGACAGUGAGGCAGUGAGGCAGUGAGGUGACAGUGAGGCAGUGAGGCAGUGUGUAUAUAAAUAUAUAGCAUAUAUAUAUAUAUCAGAAUGCAGAACAGGUCUGGCAGCAGUGAGGCUCAGACUCUGCUCCUGUUAGUUAGACUGAGUAGCGACUCUGUGUGUGAUGUCACACUUGUGAUGUCAUCAUUCGGGUCACAGGACAGCUGUCUGAAGAGUGUGAAGGUGUAAAGCAACACUACUGUAAUAGAUAAGUGUACUCAGUCCCCCUGUUUCUCUUCAGGGAUGGUUCAAUCCCGUAUCUGUUCAGAAAUGGUUUGUUCCAGGGAGAAAGGGAUGGAUGGUGUGUCAUAUCCCCCUCUGUUCAGAAAUGGUUUGUUCCAGGGAUGAACAGAUGUUCAGAAAUAGGUUGGUGUAUGAAUGUAAGGGAGGCUGUAGCUCUGAGUGGUUUGUUCUGAUUUGACACAGUUACACAGAUAGACGGUGUGUCAGAUUCUCCCCCGCUGUUCAGGAAUGGUUUGUUCUGGUGUGUGGUCUGCAGGAUGUGUGAGUUAGAUCAUCAGUCUGUUCUCACCUGGGGGACGUAGGGCACUCUCUCAGGAACACAGUGUUUUCCUUCAGAGCUGAGAUGAAAGAGUGUGUCUGUGUGAAAGUGGAACAAACCAUUCAUGCAUUCAUACCUGUAUCUGUCGAUGUGGACCAAACCAUUUCCAAAGCAGGGGGGGAUCCAAAACACCAAACAUCAUCCAUGCGCAGCAGUUUACCUUUCCACACUCCUGCGUUAUGUCAGCUUUAUGACCUCACAGUGUGACAUCAUACAGAGGUUAAAAUGCACAGUUCCGUCAGCGUGAUGUGGUUUGAACACCAGGAUGUUAAACACUUCCUGUCUGACUCAGUGGAGAUAAGCACUCAUAUUUACACAUCAUUUAAUCACGCUUCUCUAAUGCCCUCUUAAAUCUUCACUGCUUACCUUUGUUUAGUUUAAACUUCUGUGAUUAAACUUGCUCUCAGGGCUCGUUGUGUAAAUACUCACACACACACACACACACACACACACACACACACACACA